AUGCCGUCAAAUCCAACUAGCCCAUCGCAAGACCUUCCCUUCCUCCCACAGUUUCCAACCUCUCCCAUCGGCAACGCGAGCUCAUACUUCGCGUCAGACAUCAACAACCGAGACCGUUCGUUCUCCAACCGCUCCACUCGCAGCAGCCAAUACGGCUCUGACUUCUUGGACACGAACCGCUUGCCACCUCUCCAGCUUGACCUGUCGGAAUUGCUUGGUGAGACCAAGCCUCGGCCUGGGUCUGACGGAAAUGGGUUCCUGCAUCAUGGUGGUCGUCGGGUUUUGAGUCCUUUCCAGCGAGCAGUAAGUCGAGGUAGUGGCACCGGUAGUGGCAGUGGUGGCAGUGGCAGUGGGACGGGCAGUCCGCACUCGUCUCGAGACUAG